UUAUUGGCAUAACAUAUGAUCAUAAGGACAGCUGUGUUCCAGUGGACCUUGCAGUUUAUCUGAUAACAGCAUUUUAAACAUUCAUAAAAGUAAGCAAUUCCCAGUUAGUCAUUGUUAUGAAUCUUGUGAAAGUGAGUCCCAUAGCACACAACAGAGGUGCAACUGGCCCUGUGUAGGGUCUUAUGGCCCCUCAUGGCGUUCUCCAGGGCAGCUACAGAGUAGGCUGGCUGCUAGCCUCUUGAGACUAGUGUGCACUUAUGGUUCUGUUGAUUUAACGCAACAGCUGCUUUAAAUAAGAUGCAAACACUCUGAGAGACAAAGUUACAUAUCCCUGUGCUGACGGCGUCCGUUCUUCCUAACUGAAAUCCUCACUUAAUGUAAGAAUCUUCAGUUCCUGUCCAAAAAAAUCCCCAAAUCUCACUUUUCACAUCACAUAUUCAGUUUUUCCACCAUGGAAACACUGACAAUUGGUUUCCACCAUAUCAUGGAUCCAGUUUUUCCAGUAUAGGUAGGUCAUUACUGUUGUGUUGCAAUCACCGGCCAAUUAGCUCUGCCCUGUCUACUAAAAAAAAAAAAAAAAGGGUGGAUGAUUCACAGCGUGCGCACACACACACUCGCACUCGGCAGAGAGUAGCUGCUUCUAGCGAGACACUCGACGGUCACUGCUCUCAGCUUCUGUCUCUGCUCUGACUGGAAGUUUACCCAGGUGCUCCAAACCAGCCACCCUAUCCCAUGUCUCAACCCGGCGGAGCACCGUAUCCAGUUCCUCCUGGAUAUGGAGAUCCCAGUCAAGCCCCUGCACCGGGCUUCAACAUGGGCUAUUCAGGACAACCUGCGGUCAUGUACCAGCCAGCACCCAUAGGGACAGCUCCAGGCCCUGAAUACGGUGGCCCACCAGGGGGGAUUUCACCACCUCCUGGAGGUCCAGCAGUCCCCGUUGGAGUCCCACCUGGACUCGAGUACCUCACACAGAUUGACCAGAUCCUGAUCCAUCAGAAAGUCGAACUCCUGGAAGCAUUCAUUGGUUUUGAGACAAACAACCAGUAUGAAAUCAAAAACAGUCUGGGUCAAAAGAUCUACAAAGCCAAAGAGAAGAAUGACUGCUGCACCAGGAACUGUUGUGGCUCUCUGCGCAGCUUCGACAUGAAAAUAAAGGACAACAUGGAUAGGGAGGUCAUUCGUCUCAUCAGGCCUUUCCGCUGCGUCUCCUGCUGGUGUCCCUGCUGCUUGCAAGAGAUGGAGGUCCAGGCUCCACCGGGGACCACCAUAGGGUACGUCAAACAGGACUGGCACCCUUUCCUGCCAAAGUUUUCCAUCCAGGGAGCAAACAAGGAGACACUCAUGAGACUGGAGGGGCCCUGCUUUGCCUGCAACUGCUGUGGAGAUGUCAACUUUGAGCUGAAGGGGAAAGAUGGUGGCACACCCAUUGGUCGCAUCAGCAAGCAGUGGAGCGGCCUUUUGAAGGAAGUAUUCACUGACACAGAUAAUUUUGGCAUCCAGUUCCCGCUGGACUUGGACGUGAAGAUGAAAGCUGUGCUGAUGGGAGCCUGCUUCCUCAUUGAUUUCAUGUUCUUUGAGAAAAUCGGAGAGGCCAACAAGCGCAGCAGUGUGUUUUCAUAACAGAGGAAAGAGGAACCGUGGGGAGCGGCCUAUGAUGUUUUCCUGUUAUGUAACAUUUGUAAUUUUUUUUGUUCAUUUGUUACCAGUCCCAUAAUCCAUUUAUAUACACAUACAUCUCAUUGUGAGUGAAUAAACUCUUGAUUAGAUUUAAAAGUUUGAAUCUCUCAAAAGUCAAAGACUGAAGUUUUCAGUGUUUCUGUACAGUCUGUAGAUGUUUCACCUCUUUUUAAGCACAUCACUGUAUUCAUAGCAAACAAUUCACGCUACCAAAGUUAAACUUGGAAACAGGUGUGGACACGCAUCCUUUUGAAUGUGUUUUUGCUGCACUUGUGUUCACAUUUAAUUUCUUUCUUCUUUUUUGUCACCAUCAGUUUGUCUUUUAUUGUUAGUAAUUUUAUGUGCUUGCUCGAGCUUUAUAAAGAUAUAACAGCAUAUCUAGUAGAAGUACAAUACUGUUUUGUAGAAGAUGUAUUCAUUGCUUUGCCUUCAUUUAUCCAGUUAAAUGGUGGCAGAGUCGAUCUGUCAGUCCAUUGCUUUGAUAUGAUGAUCAUCAUAAUCUGUGUACAGAUAUUUUUUUUUUAAUUUAAAAGUUGGCUUUUGUUUAUUACUUUGGUGUAUGCUCUACCAACCUAUUACAUUCCUUUGAGCCUCCACUGUAGACUGUAUUUAGUGUUAAUCAGCAAGUGUUGGCAUGCAAAACGCACUAAGAUAUGAUGCUUGACAUGGUAAGCCUCAAACCUGCCUUGGCUUCAUUAUAUCAAUGUCACUGUGAAUAUCUUAGCAUAAGUAUUUGGCGCUAACCACUUGUGGGCCAGAGUUCCACUACACAGAGCCACUAGCACAGCUUUUAAUCUUUUUGUCACUUAUCAGAAGCCAUAUAGAAAACUUAACGUUAGCCACAGGAAUCCCGCUCUGGUUGUUUAGCUCAGGGUGGCAUCAUGUGCAAAUGUUAGCGUGUAAAUACACUGAAGUAUAAUAUGCCGAUAUGCUAAUUAUUAAACCUGCUUGACAUUAUUUUAUCAUCCAUGUAAAUAGUUUAUCUUUAAGCUCAAUUUGGGCUAAAUGCUAACUACAGCCAGGAGGUGCAUCACCCUAAGUCCUUUUGUCAUUAACUAAAGCUUAUGGGAAACAUUUAGCCACAGUAAACUGGCUGUUAGCAUUUAGCCCACAUAAGGAAGUGACAUCGUACUAGCAUGUAGACAUGCUAACUUAGGUGGUUGAAAUGGCAAGCAUCUUAACUACUAAACAACCUGUUGUUAACAUGUGCCACUGCUGAGGUUUUAGCAUUUAGCCCAAAGCUCUACUGUGCCUACGUACAGACAGUACCUGGCUUGUCCUAAUUGUGCAGUUAGUUGACUGCCUUACAAAAAAGUCUGAACGAGUUAGCCGCUGUCACUUGUUUAGGAAUGCGUUGCCUUUAUUGGUGUGAAGUUGUGAAUCACACGUUUUUACCAAAGUGCACUCUUUGUAUUCAGCAACAUGUCUUCAGCCACGGUGCAUGAUGCAAAGCUGUUGCACAGGCUUGACUCUAAAUGAUCCUGUGCUCCCUUUAUGGAGUUUGGUGGUUGCCUUUGACACUGGUGACACCUCACCAUCCAGUUUCCUUCACAUACCACUGUGUUUGAACAUGUGACUGCGUAAUGACAUAGGGGAGAGAGAAAAUGCAGGCUGAGGGAAAAAUUUAAAAACAGAUGUUGAGGUUAGUGAGCAUUGAUCUGGCCUCAGAAUGGUUGGAAAACCCCACAGGCAAAGCUUGCAUGAAACACUGUGUAGUUCCUAAGUCCCUGGAAAGAGUUGGUGCAGUUAUGACUGCUGGUACAGAGAAAUAGAGAGGAGACCAGAAUCUUAACUGAAUCAAUUGAC